AUGAUAGAAGAAAUUUCAAUUCCAUCAAAUUGUUCAAUUAGAGGCGAAAGCUGUUUUUCUAAUAUGACAAAUGUUAAGAAAGUCACAUUUCAAUCAGGAAUUGAAGUUAUCAAUAGUCAAGAAUUUGCAUAUUGUACUAAUCUUAAAGAAAUCGUAUUACCAGACACUCUAACAACAAUAAAAGAUCGUGCAUUUAUGAAUAGUGGAUUAGAAUCAGUUCAUUUUCCUAUCAAUUGCACCAAUAUUGAAUUUUCUGCAUUCAAAGACUGUUAUUCAUUGAGUGAAAUUAUUUUUAAUGACAAUAUCACUUAUUUACCUAGUAGUUGUUUUGAAAAUACAAUCAGUUUGAGAUCAGUUAAUUUACCAAAUAGAUUACAAAAUUUAGGAUAUUAUGUUUUUCGAAACAGUUCAUUAGAAACGGUAAGUAUUCCAGAAUCAGUGGUUAAUAUAGGAAGUUAUGCAUUUUAUAAUUGUUCAUAUUUGAAAUCAUAUAAUUUCACUCACAAAACUCAUACAUUUGCAAGUUAUUGUUUGGGUGGAAUCAAUUUAAUUGAAGAACUUACGAUUCCUAUUCAUUGGAAUGGUCAUAGAGGAUUCCAUUUAUUUGAUGGAAUGAUCAAUCUUAAGAAAGUUACAUUUGUUGAAGGAAUUGAGAGUAUAUUUGUAGGUGAAUACGCAAAUUGUGCCAAUCUUAAGGAGAUUCAUCUCCCACAAUCUCUAAUUAACAUAUAUGAUGAUGCAUUUGAUAACACAGGAUUUGUUGAAUUUGUUUUACCAGAUCAUGUUACAAAUCUUGGCUCUGGUGUUUUCAAAAAUUGUAAAUCAUUAAAACAAUUUACUUUCAAUAACAACAGGUUCAUACCAAAAUAUUUCUUCCAAAAUUCAUUUAAUUUCACAGAAUUUACAAUUCCUCAAACAGUUGUUGAUUUAAGAGAUAGUUGUUUCGAAAACAGUAAAUUGCUUUCAAUUCAACUUCCACAAUCAAUUCGUAGUAUUCGCAGUUAUGCAUUUCAUAAUUGUUAUACACAAAAUGCUGUAGUUUUUCCGAGUACUUCAAUUUAUUUAAUGGAUUAUUGUUUUAGUGGAUGCCAUUUUUCAAGUACAUUCACUUUAGGAGCAGAAAACAUUCUUAGAGGCGUUUAUUGUUUCGAAAAUUGCAAAGAUAUUGAGAAAUUAAUUAUAUCAAAUGAUGUUACGAAAAUAUAUCAAGGAACUUUUGCAUAUUGCCAAAAUCUUAAAGAAAUCGUGUUUUCAAACACACUUGAAGAAAUUGGAGAAAGAGCUUUCAUUAAUACAAAAGUCUUUUCAAUUGAUCUACCAGAUAGCCUUACUCUGAUUGGUCUUGCGGCAUUCUCAAAUUGCUAUUAUCUUAAAAAUAUUAAAUUUGGAAGUAAUAUAAAUGAAAUUGAACCUCGAUGUUUUGAAAAUUCUCUUGUUGAUUUUGACCUUGAUUUUCCUUCAAAACUUUCUUUUAUUAGUAUAGAUUGUUUUAAGAAUUGUUCCUUUAAAUCAUUCGAAAUUCCAGAAACAAUUACAUUAAUUGGAGCAGGAGCAUUUGAAAAUUGUACUUUGCCGCGUCAUUUAACUUUACAUUCCAAUAUAUAUAAAGUUAGUGAGAAUGCUUUCAAAGAUUGUAAGAAUUUAAGUACAAUUAAAAUAGUUGCAACAUGUUAUUUAGGAUUUAAUUCAUUCUAUAACUGUCAAGAUCUAGUUGAAAUAAAUAUUUCACAAAGCAUUACUAUUUCAUAUGACUCUUUCAAUAAUUGCACAAAGUUGAAUUCAAUUAGGUUAGAAAAGAGUAAUGGAACAAAUACAAUCCAAUCUGGUGCAUUUUAUAAUUGUAUCAGUCUUAGUUGUCUUCAAUUCCCAGACAAUUGCGCUUUAAGCUUUGAAAGCUUUGGUCAUUGCGUUAAUUUAAUGUUUGUUUAUCUUGGCAAGAAUUGCCAUGUAGAAUCCGAAGCAUUUAAAGAUUGUAAUAAAAUCAAAUACUUUGUUAUUGAUUAUGACGAUAAAUUCUAUUAUUACCAUUAUUCUUUAAAGAAUUUUGGUGGAAAAUAUGUAUUCAAUAAUGUAUCUAAUUACACAGAAUUAUGCCAAAAAUUACGUUAUAGGCUUAAUAAAGCUUAUGUCAAUGGAUUAUCUCACGAAAUAAAUGAUGAUGAAUCAAACCUUAGGUUACUUCCAGUUCCUGUAAGUUUCAAAAAUGGAAAUUGUAAGCCAAUUGAGGCUACAUUAUUAUAUGAACGAGAUUUCUCUCGAUAUCACUUUGAGCUGCUUUAUCUUUUAGCUCAAACAUGA